GCGACGGGGCCCGCCCGAGCCCUUUCGCAGUUGCGCCAACCCCGGAAGUACAGCGUCAGAAGGCGCUACCGCCGGUCACGCAAGUCCGGGAGCCGAGCCCGCGGCAGUUUCUUCAGGCUGGCGGGCUAGCUGAGUAGCCUUUCAGGCAGGGCAGCCAUAUCUGAGGACCAGAGCCAUGCUGAGGAGCCAGAGCCUGUGACGUCUCCAUCUCCAUCCAGAUGAGGCCAGUCACCAUCCUCAGCAGCUGAUAUAACAAGAAGGAUUUGGGAACCUUGGGGAAGUACUCAAGGGAUCCUUUCCCUGAGACGUGGAGCAUCAGGGCAGAAUGCUGAGGUCCCUCCUAUCUGGCCUGGGGUGGAGGGGAGGCAUUUGGGGCUGCACCUUCAGCUCAUGGCGACCCUAUCUCCCUUCUGCUGGGUUGUUGAGUGCCACAGAACUGGUCAGCCACUGGACAGCUGUCUUUGAGAAAAGGGGCAUCCCUGAGGCCCGGGAAUCCAGUGAGUACAUCGUGGCUCACGUCCUUGGAGCCAAAACAUUUCAGAGCCUGAGGCCAGAACUUUGGACACAACCCCUGACCCCUUCGCAGUUACAGUAUAUCCAGGAGCUGAGUAGCUACCGAUUGCAAAGGAUGCCUGUGCAGUACAUCCUUGGUGAGUGGGACUUUCAGGGCCUCAGUCUGAAGAUGGUACCCCCAGUGUUCAUCCCUCGGCCAGAAACAGAGGAGCUGGUUGAAUGGGUGCUGGAGGAGGUGACCCAAGGGUCCCGUGUGGUGGGAGCCCAAGGCAGCCCCCUCAUCCUGGAGGUAGGCUGUGGAUCAGGAGCCAUCUCCCUCAGCCUGCUGAGCAGGCUCCCCCAGAGCCGAGUCAUUGCUGUGGACAAGGGAGAAGCUGCUAUCUGCCUGGCCCAUGAGAAUGCUCAGAGGCUUUGUUUGCAGGACAGGAUUCGGAUUGUCCCCUUCGAUAUGACCUUAGAGGGGAACUGGGCACACCUUCUAUCCUGGGGCCCUGUGGACCUGGUCGUCAGCAACCCUCCCUACGUCUUCCAUCAGGAUAUGGAGAAGCUGGCCCCUGAAAUCCUCAGCUAUGAAGAUCCACUAGCCCUGGAUGGUGGGGAGGAGGGCAUGGACAUCAUUACCCACAUCUUGGCCCUGGCACCUCGGCUCCUGAAGGACUCUGGAAGCAUCUUCUUGGAAGUGGACCCAAGACACCCAGAGCUUGUCGGCAGCUGGCUUCAGAGCCACCCUGACCUGUCCCUGGAUCUUGUGGCUGUGCGCAGGGACUUUUGUGGGAGGCCCCGGUUCCUACAUAUCAGGAGGUCUGGGCCACAGCAUGGUUGCCCUGUGGAUGCCUGGCCAGGGCCCCAACCUGCCAGAGUGCCUAGCUGACAUUUCUACCUGGAAUGCUACUUGGAGGGAGGUGGAUGGUGCCUUCCAGAACUCCAGGUGCUUGUGGCAUUUCCCAUGGCUCUGUGAUCCUCCGUGCUCUACAUUUCUAGGAGACUUGCAAGUAGGAGCAAGGUGGGGGUGUCUUUCCUAGGGCAGCAAAGAGCAGGGGCACCCACAAUCCAGCUUAGGAGCCGAGCAGACCUGAUUCCCAGUCUGGCCCCAUUGUGUCAGUGUGGCCAAGGCAGGUUGCUGUGUCUCUGUGGCUGGAAUUGCUUUGGGGAUUUGGGGAGAUGUGGCCAAUAAAGUGGCAAGAGACCAG